UGGUGGCACUUGGGUCGAGCAGCGGUUGUUGCUGGUGGUGCCCCAUCGCAGCCAUUCACUGCUCCAGGCUUCGGCGUCUCACAAUCAUGAUCUUUGCAGCGUUGAUAGCCGGAGCUUUCGUAGUCGGCGGGACCGAUGGCUUCGCCGCCUCGUCGUCCGCAUUCUCGGGGGGCAACAUGCUCCACCACGGUCCUCGAUCUUCCCAGGCCUUCUCCAUGGUUUCUACCCCCCCGACGCCAUCCACCGCCAGCACUUCGAGCGCUCCACUGACACAAGACCAGUUCAAUGCCUACGUGCAGAACACGUACGGCAGGUACCCGCUCACUAUCGUGCGCGGCGAAGGUUGCAAGCUCUUCGACUCCGACGGCAAGGAAUACCUUGAUUUUGUGGCGGGGAUCUCGACGUGCGCUCUCGGUCAUGCAGACUCUGACCUCGCAGCAGCGGUGGGAGAUCAGAUGAAGAAGUUCCAUCACGUCAGCAAUCUCUACUACAUCCCUGAGCAGGGCCAACUGGCCAAGUGGCUGGUGGACAACAGCUGCGCAGACCGCGUGUUCUUCUGCAACUCCGGAGCAGAGGCUAAUGAGGCAGGCAUCAAGCUUGCCCGGAAACACGCCAGCACCAAGCUGGGCAUUGCCGAGCCGGUCAUCGUUACCGCCAAGAAGUCUUUCCACGGCCGGACGCUUGCCACGAUGACCGCCACGGGUCAGCCCAACUACCAGAAGAACUUUGGCCCGCUUGUACCAGGUUUCGAGUACGCCACGUACAACGACCCGGAAGACCUGAAGCGAGUGGUCAAGCGCAUCAACCGGCGGGGUAAGAUCCGGUCCCUCUUCGGCCGACCCCGUCGGGCAGUCGCGGCGAUCAUGAUGGAGGCGUUGCAGGGAGAAGGAGGAGUGGUGCCGGCGACUCCGGAGUUUUUCUCGACAGUGCGCGAGCUUUGCGACGAGACCGGCGCCUUGAUGAUAGUCGACGAAGUCCAGACGGGGAUGGGGCGCACUGGCAAGGUGUGGGGCUACCAGAACUUUGACGUUGAGCCUGACGUGGUCACGUGCGCAAAGGCGCUAGGCGGAGGCGUGCCGAUCGGCGCGAUGCUUUGCAAGGAGCGAGCAGAUGUUUUCGAGCCUGGAAACCACGCGAGCACCUUCGGAGGCAACCCCCUGGCCUGCGCGGCCGCUAACUGUGUCACCUCAAAGCUCAGCGAAAACGGCGGCGCUCUCCUGGAGAACGUGCGAGAAAGAGGAGAGCAACUCCGCGCAGGCUUGGCAGAGCUCCAAGAGAAGUACCCGGAAACAGUUGCUGGGGUGCGAGGUUGGGGCCUAAUCAACGGGCUCGUACUCAAUGAGGAGUCGCCCGUGCUCGCGGGAGCUGUGGUCGCCGAGACGACCAAGUUAGGGCUCCUCUUGGUACCCGCAGGGCUUAAGGUCGUGCGAUUCGUGCCUCCGCUGGUCGCCACAGCUGCUGAAGUGUCCACCGCACUCUCAGUCAUUGACCAGGCAUUGGCUAUCGUUACCGGUGCCAAGUGAUUGAUUGCUGCAUGGGGCCAUAUUCAAGCAACGCGCGUGCCAUGUGUUUGGUUGAUUGCGUACCAGGGCGUGCUUGCAUAUGGCGGGUUGGUGAUGUAGCCGAGUCUCCCUCACUCUGUCAAAGGGGUGCUGCGACGUUAAUGUUUGCCGAUUUUAAGUCAUUCGCGGUUAGCGUGAAUGAUUUCGCCGUUGACAGCAUUUUGCAAGAUGAGGCCAGCAACGUUUCGAGUGUCGAGAGACGCGUUUAUGUGGAAACGGCCAAAGCUCCAAUGCUCAAUCAAACUACCGACUACCGACGUGGUGCUUAGUUCAUUGUUCGUUUGGAUCGCGGGGUUGAAAGAACACCUGGCGGCCUGUGGGACUGUAUGUAGCUGGAUGAAGUUGAGAUCAAUAAUAGGAUGUGUUCCAUGUCAUGGUAUGACAUGUAGACUUUAUCCGGUUUCCAUUUUAUGCCCGCUCACGCAUUCCGCGCUGCGUCGGCCUUUGUCAGUCAAGUUCUAUCGCCGCCUAAAAGCGAAACUACC